ACGAUAACAACAGUAGUAUUUGUAGUGUUGUUUUCUUAUCUUUAGCAAUUACUACUUGGGUUUGUACAUUUAAACACAACAAAAAGAUAAGUCUCACAAAAUAAACCUCAUCUCAGCCCAAAACUACACAUUCAGUUCCCAAAUAUUUCAGUUACACCGUUAACUUCCUCCACACUCAACCAUACCAACAGAAAACCAGACAAAAGAAAUACAAAUCGAAAUAAACAAUCCUCAAUUCCAACCCCAUUAAAUCCAGAAUAUUCUAAUUCGUUGGAUCACUGACGUGUCACAUCAAUUCAGUUAAACCCACGUCCACGUCAUCUUCUUGCACUUUCUUCCAAUUCAAAUCUUUCUCUCUCCCCCUUUAAAUAUCAAAAUACCCCCAACAUUUUACAACAGAAUUUCUCAACUCAAGCAAACAUUUCUCUGUAAUUCCAAACCCUAAUUCCUCGAUUCCAGCUCAAUUUCUCUCUCCUCGUUCUUUUGCGCAGUUGAAUUCGAAUCGAAAUGGCUCGUACAAAGCAAACUGCUCGUAAAUCUACUGGUGGUAAGGCUCCUAGGAAGCAACUUGCUCAAAAGGCUGCUAGAAAAUCACUUCCUGAGACUGGUGGUGUUAAGAAGCCUCAUCGUUACCGUCCCGGCACUGUCGCUCUUCGUCAGAUUCGCAAGUACCAGAAGAGCACAGAGCUUUUGAUCCGUAAACUCCCAUUCCAGCGUCUUGUUCGUGAAAUCGCCCAAGAAUUUAAGCAUGAUCUGAGGUUCCAGAGUCACGCAGUGUUGGCACUCCAGGAGGUGGCCGAGGCGUACAUUGUGGGCUUGUUCGAGGACACUAAUUUGUGCGCCAUUCAUGCUAAGAGGGUCACCAUCAUGCCUAAGGAUGUUCAGUUGGCUCGUCGUAUUCGAGGCGAGCGUGCUUAAGAAUGAAGAUUCAACAAGCUAAAGGAUCGAUGUAAUGUUUAGCAAUUAAGUGUAAUGUUUUGAAUCAACUUUGUAGGAGUUGUUCUGUUAGUGAUAGACUCGAUAGUGGAUGUGUUAUAGCUAGUUGAAUAAUGUUUUGGAUAUUAAUUUUUGCAUUUUAUGUUGUGAUUGUAUUAGGGAGUCUCUGCACUUGUUUUGAACGAUUGUUUUCAACAAUUUAAGUCAAUAAAAUUGCUUUUAGUGUAGUGAAUUCUGAAUA